AUGCCCGUCGCCCCCCGUCUAUCUACGCCCGUCACCCCCGUCUAUCUACGCUUGUCGCUCCCCGUCUUUCUACGCCCGUCACCCCCCGUCUACCUACGCCCCCGUCUAUCUACACACAUCGCCCCCCGUCUAUCUACGACCGUCGCCCCGUCUAUCUACGCCCGUCGCCCCCCGUCUAUCUACGCCCGUCACCCCCCGUCUAUAUUCGCCCGUCGCCCCCGUCUAUCUUCGCCCGUCGUUCCCCGUCUAUCUACGCCCGUCAACCCCGUCUAUCUACGCCCAUCGCCCCCGUCUAUCUACGCCCGUCGCCCCCGUCUAUCUAUGCCCGUAGCCCCCGUCUAUCUACGCCCGUCGCCCCCGUCUAUCUACGCCCGUCGCCCCCGUCUAUCUACGCCCGUCGCCCCCCGUCUAUCUACGCCCGUCGCCCCCGUCUAUCUAAGCCCAUCGCCCCCCGUCUAUAUACGCCCGUCGGCCCCCGUCUUUCUACGCCCGUCGCCCCCCGUCUAUCUACGCCCGUCGUCCCCGUCUAUCUACGCCUGUCGUCCCCCAGUCUAUCUUCGCCGGUCGCCCCACCCCCAUCCCCCGCCUAUCUAA